AUGUUGAGUCCAACUUGGUUCUCGAGUUUGAACAUUCUCGGUGUGGUCCUGCUUGAGUCGGUAGGACUUUGCGAUGCACACAUCGAAAAGCCUUUCCUACCCAAAGGCCUCGCUCUGAGUACCGAACCUACCUACAAAACCAAGCCUUUCACUAGCUUCACUCUUGACUCAAAGAAGAAUACCAUUGCUGUGAUCGAUUACGGCCACGAAGUAGGUGGUGUACCAUUCUUUGACGUAAAGUCACUCAGUGGUCCUGCCCAAAUCGAGGUCAAAUACACCGAAGCCUACCAAGGACUGGAAGAACCUUUCGGUGAUGGCCCGUUUCUGUAUGGAAACCAGCUUGGGAGUAACUUCCGUAUCGAAACUCUGAACAUCACCAAGACUGGACGCUACGAUGCAUUCCUCGUUCAAGGUGGUCAGCGGUGGGAGUCUCUAAGACUUUUGACCGAGGGAAGCAUCAAGUUCUCCAACGUUGGGUUUCACGCCAGUUUUCCGAACAAGAACCCGGAUGAGGAACCUGGUUUCUUUGACUGUAGCGACAAACGUCUGAAUGAAAUCUGGAAAGUUGGAGUGCGAGGUGCGCAGUCUUCGUGUCUCGAGCAAGGCAGUCAGCCAUCCACUUGGCGUGUUGACCCCAAGAAUGGAGCCCUGAUCGAGUCUUUGAGACCUAUCCAGAGUGAGAAGGCCCCUCUUGUUGGAAAUCACACUCUUGAGUUUGAGACCAAGAUCGAGAGAGGUGGUAUCUGGUAUGGAGUCGCUUGGGAGAUUGGUAAAGGUGGUGGAAUCGGCCUUCAGAUCACCGGAGACUUGCCCAAGGCGACUACCUUCAAGAACCACAACUAUACACUAUCCCCUCGCAACACUUUGCAAGUCACUUCCGGCUGGGGACAAGUCAACCAGACUACCCUGCCUACUUACUUGUUGAAGACCUUUGACCUACCAUUUCCCGUCCACGAAAACCAGUGGUACAAGGUCCGAACUACCCUCAAUAAUGGUUACCUCAGUGCUUCCAUCGACGGAACCAAGAUCUUCAACAUGUCGCUUACUUCCUACCGUGUCUUGUUCAGAGGUCAAAUGAAGCCCAUUACGCUCACUGGUCGUUUUGGUCUUGGUGCGUAUCAGGAUCAAAAGGCUUACUACCGCAAUGUCAAGGUCCACGACGACGAUAAGGGAAAGCUUGUAUAUGAAAGCAGUUUGACCUCUGAUGAUAUACUUGACGAGUACGGCGUCAGAGAGAACAUCUUUGCGGCGUGUCUUGAUGGACCAAAACGCGAUCGCCUGAUUUGGCUCGGAGACUAUUUCCACACCUCACGAAUCAUAGGUGUCAGCACAUCACGUCACGAUCUUCAGAGAGGAACGUUUGAGUCCCUUAUCCCAACACAGAAUGAGGACGGACUAUUCAGUAUGAGUGCGCCACUUGGUUACCAACCAAAUAUCACAGUUUUCUCCGAUAACUAUGGAUUGGAAGACUACCAGCUCCUCGGCCUUUUGUCACUGUACUACUACGUGCAGUCCAGCAACGACCUCGACUUGCUCAAACAGGAGUGGAAGUACUUUGAGCGCGUGGUUGAGUGGUCUGUGAGCACGAUCAACAAGACCGAUGGACUGGUCCAUCUCAACGGCGCAUUUACUGGCCCUGCUGUGUCUGGUUCUUCAGUCUCCUGUAUGACUGUCCAGGCUCUCCAUUCCAUGGCUGAACUUGCUCAAGCGAUUGGCAAGAAGAAUUCGGCAAAGAAGUGGAAAGAAGCUGGUGAUAAGCUUACACAAUCUAUUCGCAAGUCACUUUGGAACGAUGAUCUUGGUGUUUGGAAGCUUUCUACUGCAAACGAAACCGACUUCUCUGUCACAGGUAUCUCAUUCUGCACCACAAGCAAGGUCGCUACUCGGACCCAAGCCACACGCUCUUUCAAGGCCCUUGAUAAGCUUGCUCUUGGCCCAGGAUAUCUUGACAAUACUAGAGCAGAUCCGGAUGCACCUACUGCCAGUAUCAGCCCCAACACCAACGGUUUCCUUCUCCCAGCGCUCUUCGAGUACGGCGCCGACAAACAAGGAUCCAAGCUGAUUGAUACGCUCUGGGGCCCCAUGGUAGACGACAUCAAGACAUCCACGGGAGCAAGCUGGGAGUAUGUUCUUCACGACGGCAGUCCUGGUUUGGGUCUGUUCACAUCCCUAGGUCACCCAUGGGGCGGCGCAGCUACAUAUGUUCUUACCGAGUGGGCAGCAGGACUUCGACCUGCACAGAGGAUCGAUGGGUAUGGGUAUAAGAAAUGGGUUGUCGGGCCGGAGAGUGGCUUGUCUAUGGGCUUGGAUUACGCGCAUGGUCGUGUGAAGACUGCCUUUGGAGGCAGCGUUGAAGUCACUUGGAAGCUGACCAAUAACAAGAAGAAUAUGGAGGUUAGUAUCAAGGCACCGAAGAAGACUAGUGGUGUUUUCGUUUUCAAGGGGACGGAAAAGCGACUGAGUGGUCAAGAGCAGUAUAAUUUUACAGUAAGAGUUUAG